CAUUCCCAGUCACACGUGCCUUAUCAAAACAAAUAUAAUUUCAGUAUGGGGAAAACAAAGCGAAUUAAACCCUCGCAAGCGGGUUCUAAAGUACCCUUAGAGCAAGAUAUAGAAGAAGCCAAGUUUGCCAAAGGCAAAAACAGGAGUAAAAUACGUUUAAGGCAAGAUGAAGAAGAACAGUUUGUUGGAGCCAAUUUAUCACGAAAAAUUUUAUCGGCUGCCCGUGAACAGCAAAGGGAAGAGUUUGGGCCCACUCCAGCUGAAUCAGCUGGUAGGCGUAAACCAAUUAAACUUGGAGAUGAUAUUGAUUCUGAUUCUGAUAAGGAAGAAGAAGAUAUUCUUGAACCUGAUACUUAUUAUGAAAAUAUUGAAAUUAAUGAGGAUGAUGAAAAAGCAAUGGAAAUGUUUAUGAGUUCAAAUCCAGCACCCAGGCGUACUUUAGCUGAUAUUAUUAUGGAAAAAAUCACAGAGAAACAGACAGAAUUAGACACACAUUUCAGUGAUGCUGGUACUUUACAAAUACAGGAUUUGGAUCCUAGUAUAAAAAAUAUGUAUGAAGGAGUCAGAGAUGUGUUAAGAAAGUACAGGAGUGGAAAGUUACCUAAGGCUUUUAAAAUUUUGCCAAAUCUUAGAAACUGGGAGCAAAUUUUGUACAUUUGUGAUCCUCCAAGUUGGUCUGCAGCUGCCAUAUUCUUUAAUUUAGUUCUGUUGCCCCGUAUUCGAGAUGAUCUGGCUGAAUACAAAAGAUUAAAUUUCCAUUUGUAUCAAGCUUUACGGAAAGCAUUAUUUAAACCUGGAGGCUUUAUGAAGGGUAUUUUGUUACCUUUAUUAGAAAGUGGCAAUUGCACAUUAAGAGAAGCAAUUAUUGUUGGUUCUGUGGUAGCAAGAAAUUCCAUACCUAUUCUACAUUCUUCUGCUGCUCUUUUAAAAAUCGCAGAAAUGGAUUACACUGGCGCAAAUUCUAUAUUUCUAAGAAUAUUCUUGGACAAAAAGUAUGCCUUACCUUACAGGGUAGUGGAUGCAUGUGUGUUUCACUUCUUAAGAUUUGAAAGGGACACCAGGGAGUUGCCUGUGCUAUGGCAUCAAGCCUUCCUAACAUUUGUACAAAGAUACAAAGCAGAUAUUUCCAGUGAACAAAGGGAUUCUUUAUUGGAACUUCUGAAGAAACAAAAUCAUCAUACAAUAACAGCAGAAAUAAGAAGGGAAUUACAACAUGCUAAAUGCAGGGAUGAUGAAACAGCCACCCCAGCUAUGGACUUUGAUUAA